AUGCGGGUUGAAGAGAUCACAGACGAGGUGGCUGAGAAGCUCAAGGUCACACAAGAAACCCAAGAAUCGCCGGAGGCGACCUCACAAGAUGCGCCAGCUCCGAGCGCAGCAGCUCCGGAGGGCGGACCCAGCGUCAUGGGACCCGAGAUGUCAGAGGCCCGGGCUAUGACGAAUAACAAGACGGUGGAUGAGGUGUGGAGGGAGCUGAACAAGUCCCCGCUGUUCAUGACGGAGCUCGAGGAGAACGACGAUACGGAGGCACUGCGAGCGCUGGCGUACGAGGGCACACCGCUCGAGGUCGCCACGGACUUCAAGGAGCGCGGCAACGAGUACUUCCGGGCCAAGCGUUGGAAUGAUGCCUGCGAGUUCUACGAGAAGGGCAUCCUAGUACUGCGGGGCGAGGAGCGCAAGCGCGCCGGCCGCGACAUCCAAGGCCGUGUCAUCGAGGCGUCCGAAACCGAGCCUGAUGAGCCUGAGGAGGUCGAGAAGCAGCGCACCUUGCUUGAGAGCAUGUAUGUGAACCGCGCUGCCAGCCAUCUGGAGCUCAAGAACUACCGCAGCUGCUGGCUAGACGGCGCUGCGGCGCUGCGGCUCAACCCGAAGAACAUCAAGGCAUACUACCGCUCCGCCAAGGCGCUUCUGGCCGUGGACCGUAUCGAGGAGGCUGACGACGCGUGCGCGCGCGGCCUGGCGCUCGACGAGGAGAACAAGGCGCUGCGGGCUGUGGCGCAGGAGAUCAUCAAGAAGAACGAGCUCGUCGUGGCGCGGAAGAAGAGGGAGAACGAGAGGCUGGCCAAGGAAAAGCGGCGCGAGCUGUUGCUAAAAGCAGCGCUGAAGGCCAGGGGCAUCCGGAUGAGGUCGACGGAGAAGCCGCCGGAGAUGGAGGACGCACGCGUGCGUCUGGUUCCGGACGAGGACGACCCGACCAGCACCCUCAGCUUCCCCACCGUGCUGCUGUACCCAGCGGACCUGGAGUCCGACUUCAUUAAGGCAUUCAACGAGCAGGAGACGGUGGCAGACCAUCUGUCCUACGUAUUCCCGCUGCCCUGGGAUAAAAACGGAGACUAUACUUUGGUCGCUGUCGAGUGCUACAUGGAUACUGUCACCGGUGGGCUGAUCAAGGUGGGCAAGAAGGCACCGCUCUUGAAGAUACUCUCUUCGGAUAAGGUAGAGGUGGUCGAUGAGGUUGUCAGGUUAUUCGUGUUGCCCAAGGCCAAGGCCGAGAGCUGGGUCCAGGAUUACAAGAGCAAGAAGGCCGCCGAAAAAGGUAGCUAG